AUGGGUCAAAACCAAUCCGGAGGUGGAAGUGGGGGUGACAAAAAGGACGAUAAAGAUAAGAAAAAGAAAUAUGAGCCGCCAAUUCCAACAAGAGUUGGUAAGAAGAAACGCAAGGCGAAGGGACCCGACGCUGCGUUAAAGUUGCCACAAGUUACACCGCAUACUCGUUGCAGACUAAAAUUAUUAAAGCUCGAAAGAAUUAAGGAUUACCUUUUGAUGGAAGAGGAGUUUAUUCGGAAUCAGGAACGCCUCAAACCACAAGAAGAAAAGAUUGAAGAAGAAAGAUCUAAGGUUGAUGACUUACGGGGAACACCCAUGUCUGUGGGCAACUUAGAAGAGAUUAUUGAUGAUAAUCACGCCAUUGUGUCUACAUCAGUUGGUAGUGAACAUUAUGUGAGCAUUUUGUCAUUUGUGGACAAAGAUCAGUUAGAACCUGGAUGUUCUGUCUUAUUAAAUCAUAAGGUUCAUGCCGUAGUGGGUGUACUGGGUGAUGACACUGAUCCUAUGGUGUCUGUUAUGAAGCUAGAAAAAGCACCUCAAGAGACUUACGCUGAUAUUGGUGGACUUGACACUCAAAUACAAGAAAUCAAGGAAUCAGUUGAGCUGCCUCUGACCCAUCCUGAAUAUUAUGAGGAGAUGGGUAUCAAGCCUCCAAAGGGUGUAAUCUUGUAUGGUCCACCGGGUACAGGAAAGACUCUACUAGCAAAGGCUGUAGCUAACCAAACAUCAGCGACAUUCCUUCGUGUUGUUGGAUCUGAACUUAUUCAGAAAUAUUUGGGUGAUGGUCCGAAGCUAGUAAGAGAACUUUUUAGGGUUGCUGAAGAGCAUGCUCCUUCUAUUGUCUUUAUUGAUGAAAUUGAUGCAGUUGGUACAAAACGUUAUGAUUCUAAUUCUGGUGGAGAAAGAGAAAUUCAAAGAACUAUGUUGGAAUUGCUAAAUCAAUUAGAUGGGUUUGAUUCUCGAGGCGAUGUAAAGGUUAUAAUGGCAACAAACAGGAUUGAGACAUUGGACCCCGCAUUGAUUCGUCCAGGUCGUAUUGAUAGAAAGAUUGAAUUUCCACUACCUGAUGAAAAGACUAAGCGUCGCAUUUUUACCAUUCAUACCUCUAGGAUGACUUUAGCUGAUGAUGUCAAUUUGUCAGAACUUAUCAUGUCUAAAGAUGAUCUUUCUGGUGCUGAUAUCAAGGCAAUAUGUACUGAAGCUGGUUUAAUGGCGUUAAGAGAACGUCGUAUGAAGGUGACUAAUGAAGAUUUUAAGAAGUCCAAGGAGAGUGUUCUAUAUCGCAAGAAAGAAGGAACUCCUGAAGGAUUAUAUCUUUAA